AACAGGAAAAAGAUGACAUCAAGCCGUCGGCAUCAUCUGAAGAGCUUGAUGCUCUCCAUCGCCUUCGGUUUGCUGGAGGCUGAAGCCAAACAGGCUGAGGCUGACAAAGCAGCCUACAUGGAUGAGCACUGCCCCGCACUGGAUCUGUCUGGAUCUGCACAGGAACUGCAGGAACUGUGCAAAAAGCUGCACCAGACCAUUGACAAAGUUGAUGAGGAGAGGUAUGAUAUGGAGGCCAAGGUUGCCAAGACUAACAAGGAGAUUGAUGACCUGAAACUCAAAGUUGUUGACUUGAAGGGCAAGUUCAAGAAGCCUGCAUUGAAGAAAGUGCGUAUGUCUGCUGAUCAAAUGCUUCAGGCUCUGCUGGGCUCCAAGCACAAGGUAUCCUUGGACCUGAGAGCCAACCUGAAACAAGUCAAGAAGGAGGUCAAAGAGGAGGCUGCAGAUGUCGGUGACUGGCGUAAGAACAUUGAGGACAAGGCUGGUAUGGACGGCAGGAAGAAGAUGUUUGAGUCCGAUGCUUAA